AUGGUGAUCUUCAAGAAGAAGUGUAUAUGGUGCCUCCUCCUGGAGUUGCUCACCGAUUUGGUGAAGUUUGCAGGCUUCGCAAAGCUCUCUAUGGACUCAAACAAGCAUUACGUGCUUGACUUGGGUUUACUGCGCUAUUUUCUGGGGAUUGAGAUCGCCUCUUCACCUAAAGGUUGUCUCUUGUCUCAAUCAAAGUACAUACCUGAUCUAUUUGAGCAUGCACGCGUCACUGACAACAGGGUAGUUGAUACUCCCCUUGAGACUAAUGUUAGGUACUCUCCAUCAGAUGGUUCUCCUUUGCCAGAUCCUAACCUCUACCGUACAGUUGUGGGAAGCUUGGUUUUUCUCACUAUGACUCGUCCUGAUAUUGCAUAUGAUGUGCAUGUGGUUAGUCAGUUUGUCACUGCACCCACCAUAGUUCAUUGGGCUGCUGUUCUUCGCAUUCUUCGGUAUCUUCGGGGAACUCAGUUUCAGAGCCUCUUAUUCCCUUCUACUUCCUCAUUAGAGCUCUGUGCAUACUCUGAUGCUGAUUAG